AUGAAGCUCACGGACGGAGACUCGGAAGCAGAUUCGUCGCCGUUGUCGAAGUUGGACGAAGAAGAAAGCGAAGACGAGCUGAUUCUGAGCGACUUUGACGCGAGUUUUGCCAAGUUGGGGCGUGGAUUCCCCAACAUAAACUUGGGCGCAAUAUGGAACGGCAACGCAGGGAGUAGUAGGAGUGAUUUUGGCCACUGGAGCCGCAAAUUCCAGAUGAAUACGUUUCUGAACGAUCUUCAGAAGGGACUCAGCUUCUCCAAUGCCGUAACCCGACUCCAGACCGUCAAGGCCUUGACGGAAGAGGUGUUCAGCAACGCCGUCAAAAGCAGAGACAACUCAGGCUCGGCUGUGGAAACCCAGGAAGAGCCCUCGGGUCUCGUGCCGGCGCUGAGACCGAAAACGGCGCCGCCUUACAACGACAUGGUCAUCCCGCAAAACAAGGACCCGCAAAUGCUCGAGGAGCACCUACUGCGGCUAACCGAGUUGCCCAAGGACCAGAACAACAACGAGGAAGCGCUGCGGCGUCGAAUCCAGCAUAUCCAGAGUCUAGAGCUGGAACCCGGCAAGAAGGCGCUCAUGGUGCAACGACUCAUGAUGGGCAAGCACGUAGAGGAGCCUGCGCGACAGCAUCGAUCUCAUGAACACCAACAAGAAACCUCACGUGAAAGUGAACCCACAGAAGCAGAACGACAACCCACCUACCAUGAAAACGGGAAUUUUGGGUGCCCACACUACCAGCGGAAUUGCAAACUGCAGUGUCAUGAAUGUUUACGCUGGCACACCUGCCGAUUCUGCCAUGACGAGUCGCCCGAUGUGAGGAAUUCCGCGAAGCCGCAUUUGUUUGAGCGCUCGAAAACGGAGCGUAUCAUGUGCAUGCGGUGCCAACACGUUCAGAAACCCCAAAAAUACUGUGAAAAUUGCGACGAAGAAAUGGCCAUGUAUUACUGCGAUGAGUGCAAGCUGUUUGAUAAUGACGAGACGAAAGAUAUCUAUCAUUGCGACAAAUGUGGGAUUUGCCGACUGGGGCUGGGUCUCGGUAUAGAUUUUUUCCACUGCGACGGGUGCCAGGCGUGCUUGUCGAUAGAGUUGCAAAACAACCAUAAGUGUAUUGAACGAGCCACGAUGUCGAGCUGCCCUAUAUGCGGCGAAUUUAUGUUUACAUCCACCAAGCCCGUGGUAUACAUGUCGCCUUGCGGCCAUGCCAUUCAUCAGCACUGUUUUGACGAGUACACUAAUCACUCGUACAGAUGUCCGACCUGCCAGGUGUCAAUCUUGAACAUGGAGGCUCAAUUUCGCGUUUUGGACAAAGAAAUACAGGAACAGCCUCUUCCUUCACCAUAUUGCGACUGGAUUUGUUACGUAUCAUGUAAUGAUUGCAAGGCGAAAAGUACCUGUAAAUACCACAUUCUGGGACUUCGCUGUGGGAACUGCAUGAGUUACAAUACGACUCAAAUCAAACUGGUCAAACCUGAAGAAGAGGACCAGGAAGACAUGGGCGGAGAAUACCGGCCAGAGAACGAUGUUGAAGAUUUAGCUAACGAUAGAGCAAUGAGGAAUCUGAAUAUAAUGCGGCAAGAACUUUUGAGCGGUCAUUUUCAGCGUGAGGAAGUGUCGCCCCUGAUUACGGUCGAUAACAACGGCAUGCUCUCUAACAUCGAGCAGUAUAUGAACGAGUGUUUCCACGACCAGCCCGAGGAUGCACCGCACUUAAAACGCCGUGAAUCAGGGGAGUACAGCUCGCAAAAUGUUUUCAAUGCGGCUGGGCUUUUCAAAAACAGUGGCAUGCGCAAAGCUGUCGAGAAAGAUUUAGAGGUUGAAACUGCCGAGGGACAAGAUGCGUUAGCCAGUAGUGGCAUGAAGCGGGCUCCAUCUUUAACGGAUCGUCUACGACAAUUUCUCAACGAUUCGCCGCCGCAACUGUCGAUAUCAGAUGCAUUCCAGAAAUUCAUUCAAACCAGCCAUCAAGGUCUAUCGUCGGGGGACGAGGAUGAUGAUUCACCAGUCAGCGCUCCAGAUACAUGA